CCCCGGCCUGCCCAGCUCGGCCCGGCCCGGCCCGGCCCGGCCCGGCCCGGCCCGGCCCAACUCAGCUCGGCUGGGCUCGGCCCGGCCCGGGGUUGCCGCCAUGCCGCGGUACUGCGCCGCCACCCGCUGCAAGAACCGCGGCGGCCAGAGCGCCAAGGACAAGCGCAAGCUCAGCUUCUACCCAUUCCCACUUCAUGACAAAGAGAGACUGGAGAAGUGGUUGCGGAACAUGAAGCGGGAUUCCUGGACUCCAAGCAAGCACCAGCUCCUCUGCAGUGACCAUUUCACCCCCGAUUCCCUGGACGUGCGGUGGGGAAUACGCUACUUGAAAAGCACCGCUGUGCCAACCAUUUUCUCUUCCCCAGAUGAUGAGGAAAAAGAUUCUUCUCAAAACAGUUCACAGCAGGUACAGAAAAAAGACCAGGAAGAAACAAAUGUUGUGUCAGAGAAAGAGUCUGUACCACUUGAACCUUGUACACCAAAGAAAAAUUCUAUAAUUGCACAAAAUGUAGAGGAAAAAGCAGAAGUGGUUUGCUCAACUGCACUGAGUGAACCUUUACAAAUUCAAAACUUGAACCUUCCACAUGAAGGUGGCUUUCAGGCAGACCAUGUCAUCCUUGACAGUUCAUCUAGGCAGUACCUACAUCAGCCUAAUCCUAUUCUAAUGACAGCAGCAGUCCAGGGCAUGGAGGCUACCGGUGUUCAUACUUCUAUAGAGGAUUCAGGGGGUUGUACAGCUACAGUCCUGCAAUUUACAGACUCUGACUGCUUGAAUUCAUCUCUGAAACUGGACAGUGCUUUAGGGUUGGUUACUGAAUAUGCAGUUGAGAAUUCUGUCCCUCACGUGGUCUGUUCUGAAGUGCAGACAAGUGAAGAUGCAGUUUUACUGAGUACAGUCACACAAACUAUUGAACAGUUCAGUGGAACUGAAGAGUCUGUCAUUGCUAUUAUUAUGCCAGCUGAGAGUCCUGAAGAGCCUGAAACAGUAAAUACUUCUUGUCUGCCUGUUAAGGAAGAGUUUCUUGACACAGAGGAGACAGAAGUGAUUGGAUAUGAUGGAAAUGAAAUACUGCAGACUGAGCAUUCAUACUGCAGACAAGACAUAGACAGAGAUCACCUUUGGCAAAAAAUUUCAAAACUCCACUCUAAGAUAACUUUACUUGAAAUGCAAGAGGUAAAAACUUUGGGGAGACUCAGGUCCUUGGAAGCUCUUAUUAGACAAUUGAAGCAAGAAAACCUGCUUUCUGAAGAAAAGCUGAAGUUGGUAGAAAACUACUUUACAACACUUGAAGUGACUGUGAUACAGUAAAGGCUUUCAGUUGAUGGUUCCCAAAUAUCUUUUUAACCUCUUUGACUGUACUUUUGGACAAAUUAACUUUUUUCCAGUUGUGGUGUUUUAAACAUCUAAUGAAAAUCAUGUGAAUAGCAUUCUUUAAAAUGUUACAUCAAACAAAGCUAAGUGGUAGAAUGUUGUCUGUACAACAUGACUGGCAAGUAAAAUUAAAAAAACAACCCAAAUUGGGCAAAGUUUCCUUAAAUGUGUGAAUCAAGUCAGUAAAAGAUAAUUUAACCCUUUCUUAGCUGCAGGCUUCUCUGAAACAUGCAAUGCCUGCAUUGGGGACAGCAGUAGAAUGGACAGAAUAAGCAUACAGGAUGAACAAUUAUGUAUGUACAUUGUCAUAUGCAUUGUCCAGUGAGGUCAAAAUUGCUCUUUAGUUUUCUGUUCCUAUAACAAUUCUUCUGAUAGUUUUUUGUAUGCUUUGAUUUUAUUAAAAUUGUUUCUGCAUAAA